GGCUCUUGCUAAUAAACAUUACAUUGCCGAUAAGAUUGCAUAACUAGUCCAAUAAACACGCGAUCGCUGGUAAUAAAAAGGGGCGAUAAGAUAAUGGCGUCUGCAAAGGAUGUAAUUGAAAACCAAACAUCGUAUGUGGUCGCCAUCGACUUUGGAACCACUUACUCUGGGUUUGCAGUAGGAGAAAACGAAAAGGAUACAACAAUCUUCGUCAACCCAUGGCCAAUGACAAGUAGGAGAAAAACGGACAAAAUACCAACGUGCAUACUGUUCGACGAAAAUCAGCAAUUCCACUCAUUUGGCUUUGAGAGUGAAGACAAGUAUGCAAAAUUACAGCGUGAUGAUAAGCAUGAGACGUGGUACUUCUUCAAACAUUUUAAAAUGAAAUUAAAGGAGGAAAAGGAUAAACUCUCGAAACAAAAGGAUGAUUGGGAAUUACUCGAUGAUACAAAAACCAAGAAAAUGAAAGCAUCAUUAGUUUUCAAAGGAGCUCUUGAAUUCAUAAAGAAGGAAGCUAUAGAUGCCAUUAAAAAAAGAUACCGGUUUUCCCCAAAUAUCGAUAUCAAGAAUAUCAAUGAAAGUACCAUUUCCUGGCUGCUCACUGUGCCUGCCAUCUGGACAGAAGUGGCAAAGGAUUUCAUGAGAAAAUGUGCCAUAGAGGCUGGUAUACCAGAAUAUAACCUUACUUUGGUAUAUGAACCAGAAAUGGCUGCUGUAUGCUGUAUGGUUGAAAAGAGGGGAACAUUGCCCCCUGGUACAACGUUUCUUGUCUUGGAUUUAGGGGGAGGCACUAUUGAUAUAACGGUACAGGAGGUGCUGAAAAACUACAGAAUGCGACAACUACAUUACGCAGUGGGCGACGCCUGUGGUGCUACGACGGUUGAUCAGAAAUUAGUCAACACUAUCGAAAAGAAGUAUGCAAACAACAUUGACACAUUUCGUAAACAGGAUCCCCAAGAAUAUGUCAGAUUUCUUUGGGAUAUCGAAAGUAUGAAAUUGGAUUACAGCAGCACAACAGAACAAGAAGAGUUGGAAAUUGAAAUAUCACAGAAAUUGAGUAAAUCUGCUACAACUCAGAAAGUAACGAUAUCGCAGAAAGAAUUCAAGGGAUUCUUAGCGCCAACACUGGAAAGCAUUGAUAGAUUCAUUGUGGACAUACAGAAACUUGACAAAUGUAAAAAUGUGUCUCAUCUGAUACUCGCAGGAGGAUUUUCAAACGAUACCGUCAUUCGAGACCACAUCGAGGAGAAAUACAGAACCAAGUACAUUAUCGUCGCUCCAGUAGAUCCUGGCGUUGUUGUUUUGAAGGGUGCAGUGUUAUUCGGACAGCACGAUAGCAAAAAAUCUCCAUUAAUCACUGAAAGGGUAUGCAAAUAUACAUACGGAUUUGCAGUCUUUCGUAACUUUGAUAAAUCUCACAAGGAAGAAAAGAAAAUAAUUCGAGGAGGAAAAACACAGGCAAAAGAUUGUUUCAAAGUUGUGUUUAGAAAGGGAGAGAGGGUAAAGGUUAGCUCAUUUCGAGAAAUCCAUAUUUGUGACGAAUUUAUGAACGAUAGGGCGGAUAAAAAAAAGGAACCAUUAAUUAUCAAAAUCUACUCAUCUGAGGAAGAGAAUCCAAAAUAUACGGAUGACACAUCUUGUAAAAAUCUAUGUGAAAUGAAAAUGUAUCCUCCCAAAGGGGAAUUGUGGCCAGAUAGGGUGAAUGGCAAAGUCCGAUUUGAAGUAGCGGGAACUGAGCUUCAAGGGACACUAUAUGACAAUUCUAAUCGGAAACAGGAUCAGUGUGAAUUUGAAUAUUUGAUCUGAAUAAAAGAGUGCAGUACUAAAUCACUUGUGCUGGAGUGGAAAGUGCUAUUCGUACUUGUAUGCAGUAAGGUUGAUUGAUUGAUUAAAUAUUGUUUAACGUCCCUUUCGAGAAUCUUUCGCUCAUAUGGAGAUGUCACCAUUGCCGGUGAAGGGCUGCAAAUUUUAGGCCUAUGCUCAGCGCUUAUGGCCUUUGAGCAGAGAGGGAUCUUUAUCGUACCACACCUGCUGUAACACGGGGCCUCGGUUUUACGGUCGCAUCCGAAGGACCGCCCCAUUUAGUCGCCUCUUACCACAAGCAAGGGGUACUGAGGACCUAUUCUAACCCGGAUCCCCACGGGAUUGUAUGCAGUAAGAACAAAGAAGACAUUUUAUAUAUGAAUGAUAUGUUACAUAUGUAGUUGUAACUCAAUUGCAGAAUGUAAAAUACUAGUUAAGUAGACAUCGCGCUUCUUUCGCACACGGAUAUAUGUAGUGAUUUUUCCUGAUAAAAAAAUCUGAUUUCGGUAGUCAACACAGAAGGCUAAAAAAGUAAUUUUCAUAAUUAGUGCUGUGGUCAUUUCUGAAAAGAGAAUUAAAAACGGGAGUAACCCCAACCUAGGAUAGAACAAAAUACAACC